GCACCAGCUAUGUAUUAUUCCGUAGUUGUCAAUUAAUCAAUUGAUAAACAGUGUCGAAAAAUAUGUUUAAUGUUUAUUUUAUUGUAUAUAACCUACUUUACUGGUAUUGCGCAAUUGACGUCUUUAAAAUGUAAAUAACAGCAUAAUUGAAGUGCUUAAUUGUGCUUCAUCUAGAGAUGUUUGAUUUAGUCACAUGAAAUGCUUAAGAGUGGAAAGAUGUCUUUAAAUAUACCGUAAUUGCGUAAAGAUUUUAGAAACAUGUCUCGUAUUAGCGAUCCGGUCAAUUACAAAUUCGUUCCUGUGGAAAUUAAUGAAGUAGAUAUUUAUACCGGAAUAUUAAAACUACUUUCCUUUAUUAGACCUGAAUGGACAGCAGAGAAUAUUAAAUUCAAGGUCUUUACUGAUGGCAUUACAAAUAAACUUAUUGCGUGCCAGUACUUCUAUGAACAUGGGCUAGACAGUGAUAUAGUACUUGUUCGAAUUUAUGGAAAUAAAACAGAUUUGCUUAUUGAUAGAAAUGCUGAAGUUCGAAAUAUUACAAUCCUUAACAAAACAGGCUUGGCACCAAAAAUAUACGGUGUUUUUAAAAAUGGCUUAGCUUAUGAGUACUCUCCUGGUGUUACUCUUACCCCAGACACUGUGAUUGAUGCAAACAUUUCUAGUCUGGUUGCGAGGCAAAUGGCUAAAAUGCACAAAGUUCAACUUGGAAAAGAAAUAAAGAAAGAGCCGAUGAUAUGGGACAAAAUAGAGCAAUUCUUAGAUUUAAUUCCAGUGUUUUCUGAUGCGAAAAAACAAAACAGAUUUGCAAAUAGCUUUGGAUCAAUGACAAGACUACGGGUAGAGUUUGAACGCUUAAAAUCACUCUUAAUAAAAACUGAGAGCCCAAUUGUGUUUGCUCACAAUGAUUUGCUUCUAGGAAACGUGAUCCAUGAUGAAUCUAAAGGAAAAAUCUCGUUUAUAGAUUAUGAGUAUGCAUCAUAUAACUAUCAAGCGUUUGAUAUAGCAAAUCAUUUUAAUGAAUUUGUUGGUUUAUCGAUAGACGAUAUCGACUACAAAAGGCAUCCAAGCAAAGAUUUUCAGAUGAAUUGGAUCAAAAAUUAUCUUGAGGAAUAUUUGGAAACUGAUUUAGCUCCAUAUGCAGAUAUCGAAAGAGUUUAUAAGGAAGUACAACAACUCUCUUUAGCUUCUCAUUUCAUGUGGGGAGUGUGGUCGUUGGUGCAGUAUGAACUAUCGGAUAUCGAUUUUGACUUUGGCAGGUACGCAGAAAUACGACUGAACAGAUACUACGAGCAAAAGGACGAGAUAUUAAAGGAGUUACUGUGAUAUGAGGAUGUAGUUUAUUUUAUUAUUUGUUCGAAUGAUUGAUUCAUUAUGAGAUUACUAUAUGGUAUAAGUAGUAUAAUUUGUUAACAAUUUUAAUCUUUGUAUAUUAUAAUUAUAAAAUUAUAUUUAAUAAAUCUGAUAUAUAGGAAAUCACCUAUUUUGAACUUUAUUUUCAAUAAAAAUGAGUUGGUUUUGUA